AUGGCCAACGCCUUGUAUAACAUCUACCGGCUAGCUGGCCCCGUGGCUGCCGGUGCUAUCUUGUUCAACGCCUCCAUCUACGAUGUUCGGGGUGGAACUCGCGCCGUCAUCUUCGACAGGAUCUCGGGUGUGCAGGAGACCGUCGUCAACGAAGGCACACACUUUUUGAUCCCCUGGUUGCAGCGAGCUAUCGUCUACGAUGUGCGGACGAAGCCGCGCAAUAUCUCCACCACCACUGGAAGUAAGGAUUUGCAGAUGGUCAGCCUGACGCUUCGCGUGUUGCACCGUCCGGAGGUGCCGAAGCUGCCUCAGAUCUACCAGUCCUACGGUACAGACUACGACGAACGUGUCCUCCCCUCCAUCGGCAACGAAGUCCUCAAAGCAAUCGUCGCCCAGUUCGACGCCGCCGAGCUAAUCACCCAACGUGAAGCCGUCUCCAACCGAAUCCGCAACGACCUCCUCAAGCGCGCAUCGCAGUUCAACAUCGCCCUCGAAGACGUCUCCAUCACCCACAUGACCUUCGGCAAGGAAUUCACCCGCGCCGUCGAGCAGAAGCAGAUCGCCCAGCAAGACGCCGAGCGGGCACGAUUCAUCGUCGAGCGCGCCGAGCAGGAGCGUCAGGCCAACGUUAUCCGUGCCGAGGGUGAAGCCGAGUCUGCUGACAUUAUCAGCAAGGCUGUUGCUAAGGCUGGUAGUGGCUUGAUUGAGAUCCGUAAGAUCGAUGCUAGCAAAGAGAUUGCUCAGACGUUGGCCAAUAACCCUAACGUGACGUACUUGCCUGGUGGAGAGGGUAAGGACGGUGGGAAGAGCACUAGCCUCCUGUUGGGUCUGCGGAGUUAA